AUGGAUCUCUCAAAGACACUGAUUCGGACGGUGGCGCGCGCAUUCUACGAGACUCGCCAUAUAUUGGUGGUCGAUGCGCUCUUUCUGCACUCGGUGCUUCACGCCGAGGACCUCGCCUUUUUGAUGGGGAUGCAGCAGAAGGAUCUUCGGAAGCUUUGUGCCAGACUCCGCGAGGACCGCUUGAUCGGAGUGAGCACACGCGCGGAACUUCGUGAUGGUUCGACUCGUCCUGUCAACCGUGAAUACUAUUACAUCCCUCUCCAUCCCGUGGUCGAUGCGAUCAAAUACAAAGUCUCCAAGUUGACGGCCACAAUCAAAGCUCAAUACACGCCCAGCGAGGAGCGCAAAGAGUACAUCUGUCUCAGGUGCUCCAAAGAAUGGACGGAGCUAGAUGUGCUGAGUCUUGUGGGAGAGGAAGGAUUCGAAUGCCAAAAUUGCGGUGCGAUCCUAGAGCGGACCGAGGAUGUCAAGGGGCUGGAAGGCGUUGAGAGUACAGGCCACGAAAAGAACAGCAAGCUGAUGGCACAGCUUGAUAAUAUGCUGAAGCUCUUGAAGCAGAUUGAUUCAGUGGAAAUUCCACCAAAUGACUUUGAGACUGCCUGGGAUCACAAGGUGGAGGUUGCCCGGAACCACAACACGCAUCCAGUCCGUGCUGCGAUUGCUGUUCCACCCAAGGCGCAAGAUAUUACUCGUCCCAACGCGAAGACAGAUGCAAGUGCAUUGGAAAUCUCUCUCACCUCUAGCGAGGAGAAGAGUGCCGCCGAGCAAGCCGAUGAGGCAGCUCGCAAGGCCGCAGUCGAAAAGCAGAAUGCUCUUCCAGUCUGGCACACCCACUCUACUGUGGAUGCGAACAAUGCCGGAAAUGCCCAAGUCAAGAACGAAGCCGGACAAUUGGUGAAGCCCGAGCUUCUAGACGAGGAUCAGAAGCCCAGUGUGGAUGCUUUGGAUGACAAGGUUGCUGCUUACUACGCCGAGAUGGAGCGAGAGAAGGCACUCCAGGCCCAAGAAGAUGCCAGUAGCGAAGAUGACUCUGGUGAAGAGGACUUCGAGGACGUCUCUGCCCCUAGUGGAGCAGGAACACCUGCCGCAGCUGGUGGGCCCACGAGUGCCCCUGCUCCAUCUUCAGGUGUUGGUGUGAAGCGAGAGCUCGACUCCGGCUCCAGCGCUCCGCAGUCUUCUGUUGGAACUCCGACUACUCCCAUGGAAGAUGGCCCUGCAGCCAAGAAAAUCAAGGUCGAGCCGGGUAUCAAGCCUGAUCCUGAUGCCAAGCCAGAACCUUCUAUCAAGACGGAACCUGAUACCAAGGAAGCGGAGGAGUCAGACGAGGACGACGAAGAGUUUGAAGAUGUGUAA